AUGCGAUCAUUAGAAGAGGAAUUACGAGUAGCCAGACGUGAUAAUGCGCUACUGUUGGCUUUGUAUCGUGAAGAAAUGAUGAGACGUGCGUUUGCUGAGGAACGGCUUCGUGAAAUGGAAGAACAGGCGCAACUCAGCAGCAAUCGAACANAACAGAUUCAGCUUCAGUCGAUAAAUUAUCAGUUGAUCAGGAUACAACAAAUGUUCAGUCAAAAUCAAAAAAAUCCAAGCAACGAUGCACUGCAAAUCACGAACGCUAAUGAAGAAACCACAUUGAAAGCGGCUUAUGAUAAAGCAGCGCCAAGAUUAGCAACUAACAAUAGUGUCACAUACUUCGUUCACGAAGACGGCACUCCUGAAGCGAGUAUGCGUUCGCAUCCGAUACUAGCCGAUGCCUUAUGGAACCGUAAUAAGUGGUUCAUUCGACGUGCACACGAUCGUCAAAUGCGUAUCAUGGAAGCAUCGAAGCGACGUACAUUAUUAUCAGCUGAAAAACGUGAUCUAGCGAACGACUUACUUAGUAAGAGAGUCAGUGUACAAAAUGCGUUACCGAAAUUGAGUACUGAUCUGGGUGAUGUUCAUGCAUUCUCAUUGAAUGCUAUGAAACAAGCCACGUUCAGAAGAAAUGUUUUUAGGCGAUUACAGAAGACGAAUGAAUUUAAAUUGAAGAAGUCAAAAGAUAUCGAUGAGAGGAAUCGGCAAGCUGAUCGUUUAUUGACGUUUUGUUAUAGCCAGACAGUUCGAACAAAGCAAGCACGUGGUUGCAGUAAUGCUGCAUAA